AUGAGAACAAUCUCACAAAAACUAAUCUUAUUUUUAUCGAAAAAUCAAAAACUUAAAUAUUUCUUUAAUACAAGUAUUUUAUUACUAGUUUUUUAUUGGAUUUAUAAAAAUGUUUUAAUUAAAAAAAAUAAAAAUAAAAAUAAUAACCAUGAUGAUCAUGUCAACCAAAAAAUUCAAAAUAUUCAAGAAAAUCAAAAAACCACCACACAAAAUAUUCAAAAUAAAAGAAAUGAAGAUACAACAACAACUAAAAAUUAUUUUAAAUUAUCAAAUGAUAUUAAAAUUCAUGUUUUAAGUACACCAGAAGAAUGUGAUUUAAUUUUAAAUGAAUUUUAUCAAUCAUUAUUAUUGAAAAUGGUUGAUGAUAAAAAUUCACCACCAAUGAUUGAUGGUGCAGACGGUGUAAUAAUAAAUCAACAACAAACAACAACAGAAUUACUGUUAUUCCCAAAUUGUAAUGAAAUAAACAAUGAUGGUUUAGAUUUUAUAAUUGGUUUUGAUGCUGAAUGGGGUAAUCCAAAUAGUAUUUUUGAUGAUAAAAUUGAUGAUAAAACUACAAAAACACAUUAUAAUCAUAAAGUUGCAUUAAUUCAAUUAUCAAGUAAAAAUGAAACAUUUUUAAUUCAAGUUUCACAAAUGGAGAAAAUUCCAAUAUCAUUGGAACAGAUUUUAACAGAUCCUCGUUUAAUUAAAGUCGGUGUUGCAGUUUCACAAGAUGCAGCAACCAUUUUUCAAACAUUUUCAGUUGUUACAAAAGGGUAUGUUGAUUUAGUACCAAUUGCAAGAUUAACCAAUUAUGAAGGAAAUGGAUUAGCAAGUUUAGCAUUAAACGUUAUGAAUGUAACAUUAAAUAAAUCUAAUAAAAUUCGUUGUGGUCAUUGGGAGAAUAAAAAAUUAUCAAAUGAUCAAAUUCAUUAUGCAGCAGCUGAUGCAUGGGUUGGUAGAGAAAUAUUCGAAAUUAUGUUCAACACUUAUAAAAACUCAAAAACUGAUCCAAAUGAUAAAAAAGAUUUAGUUUAUACUUUAUGUAGACAAUUUACAGGUGCAAGUUUUAAAAGUAUAAAUAAAUUAAAAAAUAGAGAAAAUAAUAAUAAUGGCAAUAAUAAUGACAAUACCAAUAAUAAACCAAUUAAAGAAAACAUGUUAAAGAAAACUGUACCUGAUAAAAGAGUAUUAUAUGAUAAUUGUUUAAUGUAUAGUCCUGAUGAUGUAUUAUUAUCAAGUAUUAGUAAAAAGAAAGUUGAAUGGUAUGUUAGUAGACAAUUGGCAGAUAUAAUUAAAGAAGAACCAUUAUCAAUUAAAUUAAAAUUCCAACCACAUGGUGAAGGUCAUUCUGGUGACCAAUUUUAUUUAGCAUCAAAAGAGAAUAUUUGUGUAGUUUGUGGUUCAACUCAUAAAAUUCUACGUCAUUCAAUGGUACCACAUUGUUAUCGUCAAUAUUUACCAGAGGAAAUUAAAAGUCAUUCAUCACAUGAUGUAAUAUUAGUUUGUUGUGAUUGUCAUGCUAUUCUAGAUAAAAAGAAUCAAAUUAUGAAAAUGAUAAUUUCACAACAAUACAAUGUACCAAUUGAUAAUGAAAAUAAACAAUUUAUAACUGACCAUACUUUAUUAAAAAUUACUCAAAUCGCAUCAAUUGUUAAAAAUAAUUUCUAUUCAACAGGAAAUAAUAAUAACAUUAGUGAAGAUAAUUUAAUUAAAGGUAAUAAAAAAUGUAAAAAGAAUAUUCCAGAUGAGAAAUUAGAAGAAAUGAAGAAAAUUGUAAUGGAAUAUAUUGGAAAGGAAGAGAUUAAUGUUGAAGAUUUAGAUGAAAUUUUAAAAUUAAAUCCAAAACAAAAGAAUGAAAAUUAUAUUCCACAUGAAAAAAAAGUUAUUGAUAAAGUAUUGGCAAUGGGUGAAAAAGGUAUAUUUGAAUUUAUUCGUAGUUGGAGAAAGAAUUUCGUUGAAUCAGUUCAACCAAAAUUCCUUCCAGAACAUUGGUCAAUUGAUAAAGUUGUUUGUUGUGAUAAUGGUCAUCGUAAACCAAAAGAUCAAAGACAAAAACAAAUUCAAAAUCAAGAAUAA